GUAGUUUCUUUGACUACAUGAGAUGUUAAAUAAAAGACCUAAAUGAUGUUCAUCUAGUUGUUUUUUUUAAAUGGUGUAUUCUGAAUGCGCCUUGUUAUUAUUUGGUCACACUCGCCCGCCACCAAAGUGACGACUAAUAGAAUAAUUCAUACUGUGGUAUAUAUUGUGAAACUUUAGGGUUCUUUUAAAGUUUUUAAAAGGCUUUUAAAAAAUACAUAAAAUUGCUAUGCCUUUUUUCCAGCUUUUUGGUGUAAAAUAUGAAAUGCGAAAGUUCAGAUCAUUGUGUGAAAGGAAGUGUUUGACAGCGCCUGGAUACACAAUCAUUGUUAUGUUAACAUAUUGAAUUACACACCGCUUUGUAGUUUUCCCAUAUGCUUAAUGAAAAGCUGACAAAGUGAAAAACGUGAUCUUUCUAAAUCUAACAUGAAAUACUACUGUACUACUAUUAUUUGCAAUAUCAUUUAGUAGUUUAUUUUCAUUACAUGAUGGUGCAUUAAAUACAUAAAUAUAUAUAAACAAUAGCCUACUAUUAAUAUCCCUGUAAAAACCAACCCCAUAAUACAAUGGAGAGUCUUCUGCUGUUUCUGGCGGUUCUUUUUACGAGAGUGGAAGAAAAAUCGAGCGGCAGUUUGUGGAGUUUCUAUAUUACUAAUAUUACAGGAAAAUCUCAAACUAGCGCUGCCAUUUUACACCAGGGCUGAACAAACAGGAACUCUCACAUGUUACCGACCUGCACAGAAAGGGUCCGGUUUCUGUGCAACCUGCCACCCUAUAUAAAGUGAAAGUCUAUGGCGACACAACACAGUUUAGUUUUAGGCAUUGUAAGUGGAGCUUACGAGAGACUGAGAAAAGAAGACUCUUUUGAAGCGGGUUUAUACGUUGCGUUAGCUGCUGCUGUGGGGAUUUUAGUGGCAGUAAUCCUCUAUUUUACUUGUUAUACAGGCAUUUUAAAAAGAGAGAAUGAGAGACUGGGAAAAGUUUUAGGCAGUUUAAAAAGAGAGAAAGAGACACUGGGAAAAGAAAAGGAGGCUCUUCAGAAGAAUUAUGAAAUUUUAAAAAGGAAGAAUGAGAGACUGGGAAAAGAAGACUCUUCUAAAGUGGGUUUCUGCGUUGUGGUAGUUGUGGGGAUUUUAGUGGCAGUAAUCCUCUGGUGUGCUUAUUAUAUAGCUUGUUUUAAAAGAGACAUCAAGAGACUGACAAGAGAAAAGGAGGAUCUUCAGAAGAAUUAUGACAGUUUGAAAGGCAAGAAUGAAAGACUGGGAAAAGAAAAGGAGGAUCUUCAGAAGCAAAAUGUUUUAGGCAUUGUAAGUGGAGAGAACGAGAGACUGGGAAAAGAAGACUCUUUUGAAGCGGGUUUAUACUUUGCGUUCGCUGCUGCUGUGGGGAUUUUACUGUUAGUAAUCCUCUAUUUUGCUUGUUAUACAGGCAUUUUAAAAAGAGAGAACGAGAGACUGGGAAAAGAAAAGAAGGCUCUUCAGAAGAAUUAUGAAAUUUUAAAAAGCAAGAAUGAGAGACUGGGAAAAGGAGCCUCUUCUGAAGAGGGUUUCUGCGUUGCGGUAGUGGGGAUUUUAGUGGCAGUAAUCCUCUGGUGUGCUUUUCGUAUAGGAGCCUCUUCUGAAGAGGGUUUCUGCGUUGCGGUAGUGGGGAUUUUAGUGGCAGCAAUCCUCUGGUGUGCUUUUCGUAUAGCCCGUGUGAAAAGAGAGAUCAAGAGACUGAUAAGAGAAAAGGAGGAUCUUCAGAAGAAUUAUGACAUUUUAAAAAGGGAGAAUGAAAGUCUGGGAAAAGAAAAUGAGGAUCUUCAGAAGAAUUAUGAGACUUUAAAACAGGAGAAAGAGAAGGUUGAAGCAGAUUUUAAAGAACUUCGAAGGAAUACCAACACGUGUGUCUAUGUCGUUGACAGAGAAUGGAAACCAAUAACUGAAGCUUGUGUCAAUGUGACUCUAGAUCCCGACACAGCCAGUCCCUGCCUCGCAGUCUCUGAAGAUGGCUCACGAGUGAGAUUCACAGGGGAGAGAUCAGCAGAGUGGCCCAGUGUGCUGGGCAGGGAGGGGUUCACCUCAGGGGGGCACUACUGGGAGGUGGAGGUGGGGGAGAAGGGCUACUGGGUCCUGGGGGUCUCCACACACCCUCAUGAGAAGAGCAUACCUCAGAAACCAGGGGAGGGCUACUGGCUUAUGAGGCUGGUUAAAGGGAAGACCUGUAAAGCUGUGAGCCAGUCAGUGGAUCAGACCUUAAAUCUGGAGAAGAUGUGCAAGAUGUGGGGGGUGUAUCUGGAUCACGGGGGAGGGAGGCUGUCAUUUUACAAUGCAGAGACCAGAUUUCACAUCCAUACUUUAGAAGGCUCAUUCCCUGGGCAGGUCUACCCCAUUUUCAGCCCAGGGUCACACGAUAAAGGACCCUUGAUAAUCAAUACAAAAGUGAAAAAUGUGUAGUCCUGACAAGAAGCCUGCUACACUAUAUAAUUUAUAUAUAUAUAUAUAUAUAUAUAUAUAUAUAUAUAUAUAUAUAUAUAUAUAUAUAUAUAUAUACACACACACAGUUAUGUGCUGUGGAUUCUAAUUGAAUGACAUAGAUAUUUUAACAACACAUUGACACCACGAUUUUAUUUCAAAUAUUUAGACUCGUGUUUCCUCAAUCAGAUAUCCUGCUUGCAUAUUCAUAUUAGAUUUGCUGGUUUAAGAGUGGUAUUGGUUUGUAUAGAAAAGCCACACGGAUGAAUGCUCGCUUUUCCAUGUAGGUGAUAUUUACACUGAAGCUGGAAUAUCACCUGGAUAUUAUUGCUGGCUGAGAUUAAUGUUCUGACUUGUGCUAUAUUGAUGCUAAUCUUCUUUUACAUUUUUUUUCAAUGUAUUAUUUUACCAACUUUAAUAAAAAUAUAUAUACAUAAAUAUGUACUGAUUUUUU